AUGGUUGCAAACAAGAUAAGAGAGCUGAUCUCGGCUACUCGAAGGUCUGCGCGGAACAUCCGCCAGGCGCUCGACGACGUUGCCGAGCAGCUGAUUGCCAACCAGCGGCAACGACAGCUGGAAGUACAGCUCGAACGCGUGCCCGUUCGAAUUCCGACAAAGAGUCAUCCUCUGGCCAACCGCAGAGCCCGUGGCGUCCAGUUUGGCGCUUUUGGCGGGGCCCAGCGCUACUACUCGACCUCGCGCAGGGCGCCGGUGCAUCUCCGCGCAGUCUCAAGAUCCUCCGUGUCGUCUGUCACCAGAAACAUUGUAUACCAGGUGCAGCCUUUCAGAGUCACAUUCCGAGCCGGGUGCAACUACGCGCCUUCUUCACUAUAUUCCAACUUCACUCGCCACAACGCGAGAAUGUAUUCCACCUACGGCCACACCCUAGCGUCACAGGCAGCACACAACCUGUCGCAGGGACUCCGCGCCUCGAUUCUCAAGGGCCACGAGCUGCAGAGCAAGCUGAUGGGAAGAGACUCCAACGGCUCCCAGAACGCCAACCAGCACUUUGUGGAGCACAACAUGCAGCUUGCCAGAGCCGAGAGCGAGACAGACGGCUGUGUUGUCGAGUUCAGCCUCAAGUGCCACGACCGUGCACUGCCAAAGAAAUUCCUUUUGGACGACGAGAUUAUGCAGGAGUUCGAAAAUGCCUAUCUUGUGAACGAGUUUGAGCACCGCAUGUUGAUCUUGAGCGACAUCAAACGCCUGAAGGAGAUCAUAGGCGUGACCGUCAUUGAGCACUUGGACGAUAGGAACCUGAUCCGAUGUCAUUUUCCCAACUGCGACGUACCCAAGAUGGAGACCAUGCUUGCCGAGUCUGGAAUCCGAAGCGGCGUAGUCAAAGGCGCUGAAAGCCGUUCCGUAUCGAUGGCUAGCGACGGCGUUUACUCGCUGAGCUCUGCCGAUCCAUGCGAUUCCCCUGAUUUUGACUGUUUCGACGGCUUUGUUUCCUCAGACUCUUCUGCUUCCGAAGACGACCCGCUUUUCUUUUUUGACGAGCAUCCGGUGCUUUCGUCCAGUGAGGGUCUGGAAUUUCUAGCGCCAGAUAUCCCAGUGAGCGAGAUCUACAGCGAUAUGGACGCGAUUAUCAUGGUUGAUGACGGGACUAGGUAG